AAACCACGAUUAGCACCUUCGCCUCUCCCUCCGCACUCCUUUUUAAGCGCCUCUCACCCUCCGCAGAAUCAACACGAUUCCUGGAGAGAGAGAGAAAGAAAGAAAGAGAAUCAGCAGCAAGCAGUUGCAAACAGGCCCACCGGAAAAACCCUAACGGUUGAUUUUGAAGCACUCAAUUAUGGCGCUUUACGUGGAUGAAGCAGAAGUAUGGAAGUGUCCCAAACAUCCGUCGAGGAGAAGAAAGAGUGGAAUCUGUCCAAAAUGUCUCCGAGAACGCCUCGUUACACUUUGCCCUGAGUGCGCCACUGCUCUCCCCUGUUCCUCUUGUCCACCUCCGGUCGAUUCCUCCUCCUCUUCUUCCUCAUCUUCCAAUUCGUUUUCUCUCUUCGCCUUCUCCCGAGGCGGUAGUCGUCGCGAUUACGCUCCGCCAUGUACCGCCAACGCCGACGCAGUCCGCUUGUCAAAUAACCUCGAAACCGAACCGUCGUUGCGGAAGUCGCGAUCUGUAGCUGUUCCUUUCCUCCGUUCGAGAUCUAGGUUCGUUGGGGGUCCAGUCGCCGGAUGCGAAUCACGCGAUGCUGAGAUAGCUCCGGAAAACAAUAAAGCUCUGCCUAAAGUUAGCCGGAGUAAGAUUAAUUUCUGGUCUGUGUUUACGACUAAUAAGAGUAAAAAAUGCGACGUACACGGCGAAGGAAUGGAGGAUGAAUCGAAUAAGUUCCAUGAUUCACCGGCGGUGGAUGAUUUCUCGAUGAUGAAGCGAUCUAGAUCAGUAGCUGUCGGAGCCAGUAGCGCCUUUGGUCCGUCGCCGUCGAAACGAAAGGGAUGGUACUUUCCAAGUCCAGUUAAAGGCAUCCUUAAUUCAAAACCUACCAAAUCUGUCGCUGUUGCAUAAAUCAUCUUCUCAACAAAUUACAAAAAUUAAUGUAUGUUACAUUUUCUGUGAUUGUAUUUCAUAAGAUUUCUUUCCUUUCUAAUUCAACAUAAAUUCCCAUCUAUAA